UGGUAAGAAGCGCGGUCGUUGUAUGUGACUUAUUGAUUUUGGGUGACGCUUUUGUGAUGUCAACGCGAGGAGAAUAGCUCUGGAAUGCCAAUCGGAUUUUGAGAUAAUCGCAGGAUUCGGUUCGGGUGUGAUGCGAGGUCGAAUAAAUGAUGGCGAGAUGACAGCGGAGGUGUGCAUGAAGAUGUCGCUUGCGAUGCCGUCUGUGCGUGGUCGUGUGUUGGUGCGUGGUUCCUCAGAUGACCGGCGACGGCGGCGACGGCGGCAUUUUCUGAUGCAGCGGUGGCGGUCGUGGCUGGCGGCUUUCCUGGUGCUGACACCGUCUGUCUCCGCAGAUAACUUAGGGAGUGAAUGGGUAAUGGAGGGAAAUCUGAGGCAUUUGGAACUAUUUGCUUCUCUUUAUGAUUUAAAAUUGGAUUUUGGAAUGUUGAUUUUCUAUAUUGAAUUCUGCUUCUAUAUUGAAUUCUAUAUUUCUAUAUUGAAUUCUUUUCCUUUUAGGAAAAAUGGAAUUUUUUAG